CAAGCAUGCAUCCAAUGUAGGCCAAGCCAAGUCAAUAAGCAAAAGAACCCAAAAAAAGCGAUUCCCCCAUAAGAGAGAAAAAAGUCACCAUGUCAAUGGAUCUAAAGAAAUCUAACAAGAUCAGAGAAAUUGUUAGACUUCAACAGAUCCUCAAGAAAUGGAGAAGGCUAGCCAAUUCUUCAAAAACCACUGCUACCACCAAUGUGCCCACUUCCAUAACCACCACCAGUAAGAGCAUGAAGUUUCUGAAGAGAACCCUUUCCCUAUCAGAACGUGAGGGAGGGUCAAGCAAUGUUGUUCCCAAAGGGUACCUAGCUGUUUGUGUUGGUGAAGAGCUCAAGAGGUUCACUAUACCAACUGAGUAUUUGGGUCACCAAGCGUUUCAGAUUCUUCUGAGAGAAGCAGAAGAAGAAUUUGGGUUUCAACAAACAGGUGUGCUUAGGAUUCCUUGUGAAGUUGCUGCUUUUCAGAGUAUCUUGAAGAUGGUGGAAAGUAAAGGGGACAUGUUUUCCUCCCAAGAAUGUAGACUCAGCAUUGAAGAGAUGCUGAUGGGGUACUGCUCAGAAAACCAGAUUGCAUAUUCUCACCAUCCUCAAAGUCCAUUAUGCAGAUAGUACUGCAUAUUGCAGUUUUUAUCCUUUUGUUUCUUUGUACCUUACAAAACAAAUGUAUGAGAGAGAGAGAGAGAGAAAGAGUGAGUUCAAUUACAUGUAAGUGACCCCUUUUGCCAUUUAUGAAGCAAGGAUAUGAUUAUGA